ACGUACGUCAGAUCCUGUCACAAGGUGAACAUAGAUGCUUCAAAGACAGCUUUCUCUCUCCUGUCGUUACUUCUAGUUACUAAAAUUAGCUAAACUCUCAUCGUUAUCGGACAAUUUAAAAUGGGUAGUUGAUACAAUGAUUAGAUUAAUACUAAAUGUAUCCAUUUGUGAAGAAUUGGGAAUGGAUCAUCUGUAUAAACUGCCAACGUUUGCUCCUGGUCUUAGGUUUGCUAGUUAAUGUUGUUAGCUAUACUUGUAGCCAGAGCAUUCUCUACUUGUAGCUAGCUAGAUCAGCUGGCUAACUCUGCUCGGCCAGCUACGGGCGAACAACAACUAGCUAAUCCAGCCACUUGUCAGCACAGUUCAUUGUAACUAACUACAUAAAUCUGACAGUUAACGUUAGCUAUAGAGAAUGGCGUCGUCAUUUGUGAUUGGAAACACAUUUCGAGAGAGGGUAAGAGACUUGCUGGAGAAGGAUGAGGCUUCAGUUCCAACAGAACUACAGAAAGAAUUGGAAGAUAUUCUUCAACAGGAGCAACCAUCAACUCUGUCUUUCAGAACUGCAAGAAAACUUCAUAAAUGUCUGCUAGACAAUGGUCAACCCUUCUACCUUCAUGAGUUGUUGGAGGACAGCUCAUUGCACCUGCCUAAGGUUGAAAUGCCCCCCAGAAACCCUGUGCUCGUGGCUCGUCUGCAGCGAAUCAGAGCCAAGUUGGCCAAUGAAGAAUACAACAGGAUCACACGGAAUGUAAACACUCAGCAAAUGAAUCGUCGGGAGACAUUGGCGGACUUUGGGAGAGAAGUGCGCUCAGCAAAAGCUGCUGUUGUGACGGUCUUAAACUUCCUAGUGACAGUGGUGGCGACGUUCGCCUGCUCCUAUCUCGGCAGUCAAUACCUCUUCACAGAGACAGCGGCGAGGGUGAUAUCUGCAGUGAUUGCUGCGUCCGUAGUUGGCCUGGCAGAGCUGUAUGUUCUGGUACGGACCAUGGAGGGAGAGCUAGGAGAACCAUAGCACCAGUCUGUGUUCUAAUCAACAGAACACAUUGCUGGAGAACUAUGCCCUUACCUGACCCACCAGUGGACUUCAAAACAGAAAUCAAAGGGGUUACAUUUACAUUAGUCAUUUAGCAGACACUCUUAUCCAGAGCGACUUACAGGAGCAAUUAGGGUUAAGUGCCUUGCUCAAGGGCACAUAGACAGAUUUUUCGCCUAGUCAGCUCGGGGAUUCGAACCAGCAACCUUUCCGAUACUGGCCCAACCUCUUAACCGCUAGGCUACCUGAAUGGAAGUUAAUGUACAGCUUUGACUUAACCCCAAAACUAGUGAUAAGAAUUGUCCAAUGUUAUUCAUGAAUUGAAAACGGAUUAGAGUGAAGAUCUUGAAUGUGACCCAGAUGUAAAAGUUGUUUGUGCUUUACCAUCGUUGCUUUAUCAUGAUGAUGUUGACUCCGUGUUUCCCAGCUCAUUUAUUUACUAAUGUGCACUGAACAAGUUGGGAUAUUUAUCUAUUUAUUUCCAUCCAUUUAGCUUUUAUAGGACCUGUUAAAAGAACAUGUAGGAUCAUUUCCUACUAGGAGGGAUCAGGGAUUUUUUCAUACAAUAGUUUAUUCAUACUGUACUUUACACUCCUUCAGUGUGUUUCUGUCUACUCAAUAUUGUUUGUCUUCUCAAUAAAAUUUGCAGCCAUGUAAUUACAAACUCUAA